GCAUCCUCCAGCCAGCACCAAAGAGAAAUCUCAGAGCUGCUUGUGUUGAAUACUGCCUCAGUUACAGCAAUGAAGGACCGCCUCACUGAGCGGCAGGAGGAAAGUCUGAAAAAAGACAAAGACAUUGAAUCCCUGCACUCACAUGUUCUGAAUCUCCAAAGCGACAUUGUAGCCAAGGUCAGCAUUGUUACCUCACUACAGGAGAGAGUGAAUAAGUGUGCCUCAGACCUCAAAGAGGAGGAAACAAAAAGCAGCUCACUGCAGAUGGACUACGAGGCUGCUGUCUCUCAGCAGAAGAAGGAAGCAGAAGAACUGGCCCGUCUGACUCAGGGGAACCAACACCUCGCCUAUGAGAACAAAAGACUGCAAAGUGAACUGGAGGCUACUCUCAAUAAACAGCACAUUGAAGAGAAGAAGCUUCAGGGCGACAGAGGAGCUUGCAGCAGACUGGAAGAGGCCAUUAAGAAGGAGGGGGCUCGUUUCUCCAGAGCCUCAAAGAAGAUCCAGAGCCAAGAGAAAGAGCUGUCUGAGAAGACCCUGGCUUUGGAGGGACUGCAGAGGGACUACGAGGCUGCUGUUUCUCAGCAGAAGAAGGAAGCAGAAGAACUGACCCGUCUGACUCAGGGGAACCAACACCUCGCCUAUGAGAACAAAAGACUGCAAAGUGAACUGGAGGCUGCUCUCAAUAAACAGCACAUUGAAGAGAAAAAGCUUCAGGGCGACAGAGGAGCUUGCAGCAGACUGGAGGAGGCCAUCAAUAAGGAGGGGGCUCGUUUCUCCAGAGCCUCAAAGAAGAUCCAGAGCCAAGAGAAAGAGCUGUCUGAGAUGACCCUCGCUUUGGAAAAGAGCCUGACAGCCGAGAAACUCCUAAAGUCGUCUCUCAAAAGUGAGAAGAAGCGAUUUGAGAAGGAUGGUGGAAAGCAGGCGUCAGCUGGACAUCUUUCAAUCCUCACUCAACUGAGAGAAGCAUAUGCGUACGACAUGCAGACAUUAAGGAUGGAAAAUGCUGACAUCAGGGCUAAAUUCCUUGUCCUGGAGAGAGAAUAUGACAGAGAAAGAUUUGAACUCCGGUCUCUCUCUGCGGGCCAUGAAGAGAUGCUGUCAAGGAAAAAUGAUAGCAUUUCUGACAAUCAGUUUACCAUCACUAAUCUACAGUGCAUUGUAAAUGAGUUCCAAGCAAAGGAAUCAAAGAUCAAGAUGAGACAGGCCGAUCUCGAAGAAGCCCUUAAACAGGAAAAGACAAGAAACUCUGAGCUGCACCAUACUGUUGAUCAGAUCUCCUCCAGUUUGGAAAAAGAAAGGACCAGGUGUGAGAAGCACCGCGUCGAGCUUCAAGAAGCUUUGAAGAAGCAGAUCACAACUCUGGAGGAAAACAACAAAUUGACCUUGUCUCUGCAGAAGGCUCAGGAAACCUUCCCCAGGCUUCAGGAAAAACAACGUGCAGAGACAAACUACAACUUCAGAAACAUCAUUGACUCCGAGUUCAGGCUCAGGGAGCAGAAAUAUUCCCUGGAGAGCAAUAAGGCGCUUUACCACCUGCAGCAGGAGUACACCAAUCUAGGGAGGAGGCACUGUGACAUCAACGCUGAGUAUCGUGAGCUGCUCAAGACUCACACUGCCCUCCAAGUCAGACAUGAGAGGCUCAGCUAUGCUUAAGGAAACCCACGCCCAGACUUCAGUCCAUAUCUCUUCCAGUCAAAUUGUAUAGCACACUAGAAA